GGUGGGCGGGGCCACGGCGCUCCGCUCUCGGCCCUCUUCCGAAUGUCACAGCGAUGAUCUCGAGCUCCCAUUGGCUCCUGUCUGCGCACACGUCACAAUCAUGAUUAGAAUUGAUGAUCGGACGUUCUGAUUUCAUUGUCUCGCACGGGGGGGACUGGCGAAGAAAUCUGCUGAAUUUGAACGCUCGUUCUGAUUUUGACAUCACAAAUGUCUUUAAGCGUGGUGUGUUGUCUCGCUAUGCAAUUUCUCAUCAGCCAUACUACCUAGACGUGUGCCGGGCACACUGAGGCAGGAUGACUGCAACCAGACGUGUGCCAACCUAGGAAAAAUGGAGGUUUUGCUGUGACCUGCAUGGCCGCCCCGUUCCCCUCCAGUAGCAGAAUGGACGCGUGGCCACAGCGGCGUGGCCUGCAGACUAUGAACCUGCGCUCAGUGUUUACGCCUGAACAGCAGAGGGUCCUGGAACGUUACUAUGAGAAUGGGAUGACCAAUCAGAGCAAGGCCUGUUUCCAGCUAAUACUCCAAUGUGCUCAGGAGGCCAAACUGGACUUCAGCGUUGUUCGGACUUGGGUUGGCAACAAAAGACGUAAGCUUGCCUCCAGGAUAGACCAGAAUGGAGGUGUGUCUCAUUCCUUCGCCGGGGGGCUACUUUCCAAUCACACGUUAGCCGGAGGUGCUCUGUCCAAUCAUAGCAUGGCGGCAGGGGCGCUGCUUCCUGCUGAGAUGGCUGCAGCGCGAAAUAUCCAGAAUCACGUGCACCUUCUCCCUCCGUCGUCCUUCCCUUCUUUCUCGUCACCAUCCUCCUCCCCUUCCUCUUCCUCACCACUGAGCAGUGGGAGCAACAACAACAACAACAACAACGACGUCAUACUGACCGGGAUCUACUCUUUGAACUCCGUCCCCCGCCCCCGACCACGACCCACAGUGCCCCCAUCCCAGUCAGACGCAGAGCUCUCUGCGCACACGUCCUCCUCUCUGAUGAACCAGGUCCUGCAGAGCAGGAACAGCUCCACCUCCUCACCCUUCCACUCCAAGAUGGUGUCCCUCUCUCAGAAACUCCCACCCGUCACAUCUGCCUCAGGACCUUUAGUCUACACUGCAGUCAGGAAAGGAACUUCAUCCCUUGGAGAAGCAGGGGUGAGUGCCGGAGCAGGGGUAGUACCUCCCAGCUGGACUAGGCAGUACGGUACAGCACAAACACGCCCUUGGCCUUCUUCGUCGCAAUCCCAGGCUCAGCUUCAGCCCAGACCUCACUCCAACCCCCAGCCUCAACCAGCUGUCCCGCAGAAGCCGCGGGUUUCCAUCCCAGUGCAAAACGCUGCUCCUUCCUCCGAUCAGACACCUCGUAUUCAGCAGGUCUUCACCUUGUCAGAAAAAGGUGAAGGGGACCGACUUAGAUCUGGACCUGCGAAUACUCGGAGGGGUCAGGAGAGCCAUUGGCGUGUGCCUCGACCUCUGGACGCCAGUCAUAACUUCUCCAUUGCCAUGGAGACUGGAGAUGAAGCAGACGAGUGGCAAAGGGAGGAGGAAUUGGCAAAUAUGGCCGCUCAGACACACAUCCACAAGGAGCAGACAUCAGCCAGUCCAAACAGGCCUGAGGUGUCUGUGGUGAGGGGAAGCCACACGCCUCCGACGAUGAGCUCCAGACCUGAACGGCUUCACAGCAACACAACUCUUCAGGGCAGCUACUCCGUCACAGCACAGACCUCACCUACAGGGGGAUCCAGUCCACAGACUUCAGUCAGUGUGUCUGCUGCCCCCUGGGUUAUCAGCAACUCCAGAAAGAGAACACUGCAGGAUCGGACCCAGUUCAGCGACGGGGACCUCAUCCAGCUGAAGCGCUACUGGGACCGAGGCAUGACCAGCCUGGGCUCGGUCUGCAGGGAAAAGAUCACCGCUGCUGCGAACCAACUCAAUGUAGACACUGAAAUAGUCAAGACAUGGAUCAGUAACAGACGGAGGAAGUACCGUCUGAUGAGUAUUGAAAUUCCACCACCUACCGGUGGCCCUGCUGUAUUUACAUCCUCAUCCCCUGGUAACGAAUCUCCAGUGGCCCUCAGCUCCGAUGAGGAGCGGUUCAGAACGCCCGACCUCGGAGAUGACUUGAAUGAUGGGGGAUCUGUCUGCCUGUCUGACAAUGGAACCAUUGACUCACAGCACAGAGACGGAGAUGAUGGAACCGAUGUGUCCAUUUGCGCUCCAAUGGCCAAUAAUGUGAAGAUUGAAGUAAUUGGUGAGGACGAAGCAGAAGAGGAAGACGUAGAUGAUGAUGAAUUAGUUGCCUCCGACCUAGAGCAAAUGCAUAACCUGCUUGAAUUCAAGCACGAGGAGGUGCAGUUCUUGGAGAGCGAGCUAGAGAACCAAAAACAAAAAUACCUUGAGCUUGCAAGCUUUACUAAGAGCCUGCUCAGCGCUGUGAGGAAUAAUGACCUGGAGAGACAGCAGGAACUCAUGGCCAGUCUACCUCAGCCUUCAGACCAGGACUGGGACACAAGUGUGGAGAGAGGAUUUCACGCUGCUGAGUCAGCAGAUGCGUCCUCCAACCACGGCGACUCCCCGGCGGCCGGCGCGAGCGGUGCAGAUCCUCUGCCAGCCGCGGCAAUGGAAGAAGUCCCCCUGGUCACCAUCAAGGAAGACCGUUCGACGACUGAAUAUACUGAGCCCUCUGCAUCAGAGGAGGAAAUGCAGGAAGCAGUUACGGAACAAAAGUGACUUAUCUCAUGUACAUCAGCUCUCACACACACACUCACACACACGCUUAUACAGAUGUUUCCACACUACACACAGAAGCCGGUCUCACACAAGAUGAUAUAAUCUGUGGUCUUAUGUUCACACAAACACUCUGGUUAACUCAUUCUCCACUCCCAGUGCCUGUGGAUUGACGCUUCACUUUGACUGUUGGGCUGACAAAGGCCUUUUUUACUGCAUAUCAUUCGCCUUGCUCUGGACCAGCCCAGAGAGAACAAUAAAUGACCUCUAACUCA